AAACUAAUUAUAACAACAUGUUCAAAUAUCUCAUUUUGAUUGCUUGCUUGGUUGGUGCACUUAGUGCUACCGCAUUUCCACCAGGUUUAGUGCCAAUGUUAGAUGGACGUAUUGUUGGUGGUCGUCCAGUUGAUAUUGCUGAAUAUCCACAUCAAAUUUCAAUGCAAUAUUAUGGAUCACAUAGAUGUGGUGGAUCAAUUAUUGGUGAUGGAAAAACUAUUUUAACUGCUGCUCAUUGUGUUGAAGGUGUUUCAGCCAAAAAUUUACAAGUACGUGUUGGAUCAUCAUUCCAUAAUGAGGGUGGUCAAUUGAUUCAAGUAACUGAAAUCAGAAAACACGAAAAAUAUAACUCAUGGACUAUUGAUUAUGAUGUUGCAAUUAUGAAAUUAGCUGAACAAGUUAAAACUGGAGCCAAAGCACAAAUUAUUUCAUUAAAUAGAGCUGCAAUGAAAGGUGGAGAACUUGCAAAAAUUUCAGGAUGGGGUGCUACCCGUGAAGGUGGUUCAAUUCCAAAACAAUUACAAGCUGUUGAUAUUGAAAUUGUUUCACAAAGUGUAUGCCGUCAACAAUAUGGUUCAUCAAGAAUUACCGAUAGAAUGUUAUGCGGUGGUGUUAAUGGUGGUGGCAAAGAUUCAUGCCAAGGUGAUUCAGGUGGCCCAUUGAUUGUUAAUGGACAACAAGCUGGUGUUGUUUCAUGGGGUUCUGGAUGUGCUCGUCCAAAUUAUUCUGGUGUUUAUGCUAACGUACAAAACUUAUUACCAUGGAUUGAAGAAAACUCAGCUUAAAUUAAUUGAAAUGGAAUGAAAACGUGUUGAAAAUUCUUUUGAUUUUAAUAAAAAAUUGAUUUGCUAAGAAUUA